AAAAACACGACAGAAAACGGUGAAAUAUAGGAGCGCGUUAGAGAGCGGCAGCCAACCAUUAUGUGGAUAAAUGGUGAGGCGGGAGGGACCUGGAGCGAGGCUAGGAGACAGACGCACCACACACAGGCACACACACAUACACACACCACCCUGCCGCCGCGCUCCGUUCCGCGCCCGAACACCAUCCCCAGGCUUUAGACCCGCUUGAAUUAAUUAUCAUGGCGCUCGGCUCAGCAUUCAUGGAGGUAAUGGUGGUGGCGCGCGGUGGCAGCACCGGCAGCAGCGUGGAUGCAGCCCGCCACCCUCAGGCCAUACAUAUCCAAGGCAGCCGCUUCCCCCGGGGCGAACGGCCAGACCCAAGCCGGCCGGGAGGCGGGUUUCGGAGGCGCUGGUUGUGGUUGUCGUUGUGGGUGGGUGGGUGCGUGCGUGUGUGUGUGUCUGGCUGGCUGUGUGUGUGUGGAUGGAGAGGCCCCGCCCCGUCCCUUCCCGCCGCGCCCUACCCCGUCCCUCACCCGCCCGUCUCCCGUCCCGUCCGUCCCGUCUCCGCCCCGCUGCAGCAUAAUAAAAACAGGCCAGAGCGGGCGAGCGGCUGGCGGGUGGCAGACAACUUCAACUUCAGCCAAUUACGUGUUUUUUAUUCACUUCCACCACACCACCACCCCGCCGCCACCACCAGCUGUAUCGGAGAGAAGCUGCGAGGGAGACAUGAGCGGAUGAGGGGCCAUGAACAGCAGGUUUGAAGUGUGUACCAGCGACAUCACUAACAACAACAACAACAACAACAAGAGCAACAACAACAAUAACGCUACCCGCACCACCGCCAGGUAUCGAAUCAUCACCGGGAACCGUAACACCACCACCGCCAGCAUCACCGCCAACCCCACCACCCUUAUCAUCAUCAGAAAGAACACCAACACCACCACCACCAACAACACCAAUAACAAUAACAACAGUAGUACAACAGUGACCAAGAAGGAGCUUUUGGACAACGAAGCGACCUCCACCUCCACCUCCACUUCCGACACCUCCACCACCACCAUUACCGCCUCCACCUCCACCGAAGAGAAAAGUGAUUAUAAAGGUGGUUUCGUCGUCACCACUGCUGCUUCGUCUGGGGUUCCGAAGCUUCAAUACACCGCCAAGAGUUUGAAGAAUCGACGUAGCAAGGCCUCGUCCACCUCCUCCUCCUCCUCCUCCUGCAGCCCUCCCACCACCACCUCCACCACCUCCUCCUCCUCUUCAGACUCCACUAGUUCAACCUCCACUCCUGCCAAGACAAGUGAUCUGUCGGGGAGCAGCGGCGGGAACGCUUGGUCCUUGGCGCUUGGCGCACAGUACCAACAAGACUACUACCAGAACUACCAAUACCCACAGCAAGCAGUCUACCAGCCUGAACAGCAGGCAGUCUACCAGCCCCAACAAGAGACACACUAUCCCCCCCAGCAGGCAUACCAGGAUCCAUAUUACUUCCAGGAGCAGCAGCAGCAACAGUACCCUGGCCAGGCUGUGCAGGGUGUUGGUGAGCAGCAAGAUCAUCAUCAUCAUCAGCAGCAGCAGUUUGUGGUAGGGCCUCAGCACCAGCCGCAGCCACAGCAGGAGCCAGAGAGGGAGGGGUGUGGCAGCCAGCAGUGCUGGGAGUGCGGGGCGGCCUUCCAGGAUGUGGCGCUGCUCCGUGACCACCUGGCACUCUUUCACCCCCACCUGCACCUGUUCUGCUGCAGCCUGUGUCCCCAUGUGUUCCCAAGUCACACAAGCCUUGCGCAGCACUUCAACGCCUUGCACCUGCUAGGCGAGCCUGUCACAUCUCCGGAGCAAACACAAGACCAGCCAGAAGAACCCCAGCAGCAGGAGCCCCCACCACCAGACCCUGAGGCAGAAAGAGCAACAGCACCAGCAGAAGCACCAGCAGGGGGAGGCGCCAGCCCGAAGCGCGGCCCUGCCAGGAAGCGGACCAAGCCCAAGACCUGGGUAUCCCCAUUUGAGGGGUUUUCUGCACCCGGUGAGCAGAACGGCCUCUGGUGCGUGCUGUGCCGCAUCAGCCAGUUCACCAGCCACGAGGAGUUUCAGGUGCACCACCAAGGACACGUGCGUGAGAGGAGCCUGCGAGUGCACCUCAAGCACCUCUCGCAGUACCAGUUGAGGAAGGCCAAGGUCAAGGUGGAGUCAAGGAAGAAAAAUUCAUCCCUCAAGCUGAAGCUCAAAAUCUCCAAAGUGGGUCGUGGCCGCGGUCGUAAGCGCAGGGAGGUCAAGAUCCUGAGUGAAGAGGGCAUGAGUGACACCCCAAACAGUUUUCAGGAACAAGAAGGUCUGGAAGCUGAGCCCCGCGAGGAGGAGGGCAGGGAGGAGGAGGGCGGAGAGGCGGCGGCGACAGCGGAGGCGGAGGCGGAGGCGGCGGUAGAGAAGGAGGAGAGCGGCGGAGAGAGUGAGGAGCAGGAGGCCAGCAGAUCCUCAGGGGAAGCCCAGGACGGCGAGGAGCAGCAGGAGCAGGACCCACUGGUCGGGCAUGACGACCUGGGGACUGAGCGGGAGCAGGACGGCCAGCGGGAGGAACAGGACGACCCACACGACGAGGCCUACCAGCAGCAGGACGACGACUACCACGACCAGCAGGAGUACCAUCAGGAGGAGCAGGACUACCAGCAGGAGGAGCAGGACUACCAGCAGGAGGGCCAGGAGUACCAGCCGGAGCAGGACAAAGGAGAGGAGGGCUACCAGGAGGCCCCUGAGGCUGGCGAGCAAAGUGACGGCAGCAACAGCGGCUUCAACCCCGAGUUUGGGGAGCAGGAGCUCAACUACGAGGGUGCAGGCGACUCCGGGGACAACUCGCAGGCCUACCAGCCUCAGUUUGAGUCCUACCCGACUGCUAGCUGGUUCACCGAUUACGAGUCUGGACCGCGGAUAGCCGCAGCCAUGGCCGGCGCCACAGCAGCAGAGAAUGCUAGUGAAGGGGGCACCUGGGCCGGGGGUGCAGACGGGGCAGCCAAUCCCUCAUACAGCGGAGCAAGCCCACCCCCGGAGAAGGGUUCCUCAGGGCCAGUGAACGGGGGGCCUGGCGAGGAGGGGGAUGGCGAGGACGGACUGUUCAGCCAGGCGGUGCUGGGCCAGGAGUCCCCCGAGAAGAAUGACCGUCAGGGCAGCUUCGAGCAGCUGUGCCUCAAUGACUCCUUCAGCGGCCAGGCUGAGGGUGAGACCGACGAGGACUCCCAGCAACAGCAGCAGGACCAACUUGCCUCGCCUCAGGAGCAGCAGCAGCAGGCAGCAGGCGUGGCCAGCGACCUGCUGUCAGAGCUUGAGUACCUAAAUAACAGCGGCCAGGCCCAGGGCAGCAGCGGCCAGGCAGACCUGCAGUCCGGUGGCUCCCAGUCCGGCUCCCAGUCCGGCCAGAUAGAUGGCUCCCCACACAGUGGUGGCCCUUCACCUCACAGCGGGGGACCCUCCCCUCACAGUGCGGGGCCUGGCACACCCUCACACCUCAGCUCCCGUGGCUCAAACUCCGGGACUCCCACCUCUUCAGGGGGACACCCCACCCCCCCACCCUCAGACACCUCCUUCAGAGCCCUGGCCACCAGCCCCAUCACCAGCCCCUCCCAACAGCAGCCCAGUUCCCCCUCCCUUCACAAGGGACCCACGCCUCCUGCCACCUCUCCCCACCAACAGAUGCAGCACUCGCCCCAGCAGGCCGGGGAUCAGCAGUCAGCAGCAGCAGCAGCAGCAGCAGCAGCGGCAGCAGCUUCGGUGCCGCGCCUGACGAUUGCCAACAACCUGAUGGCAUCUACCACCAGUGCCAUCAGCUCCCACCUGCUGGCCGCCACCACCACCACCAGCCAGGCCGGCGUGAGUGGCAUGAUGGGCCGCUACGGCACCCAGUGGUCCCAGGCGGCAGGCUACAGCGGUGCUGCGGCCUACCCUGGCCUGCCUGGCACUAGUAUCGGCAGCACCAACAUGCCCGGACCCCUGCGUGCCCCCCUGCCACCCACUGUGGGUAUGCAGUACCGCCCCAGCCCGCCCCCACGUGUCCGGGGCAGACCCCCUCUCAUUGGCCAUGUGGGGCGCCCUCCCCUGCACCAGGCUGCCCACCUCCAGCCUACCCGUGGGCCAGGGCGCCCCCCUGCUUCCUCCAUCCUGCCACCGCCUCUCAUGCCAGCCCCGGGGGGACGGGGGGGCAUGAUGCCACCCCUGCAGCGCAUGCACCAGACCAUGUACCCUGGUGGGCGCCCCGCUGCCCCACCGCAACAGAGCGGUGCUGGCAAGCGGCAAAUGCUUGGGGCUGCCGGACACUCCCCCAGCAAGACUGCGCGCCGCGAGGACAUCAACGUGCCCUCGCGGCAGAAGGACAAUGAGUGUCAGAUCAUUGCUGUGGCCAACAGGAGUGAUGGGCUACCCGUUAUCUCCAAUGUUCAGGGCGGUUCUGCUGCGCCUGGCACCCAGCGGACCCCCGUGCCCCCCACCACUGAGUCCACCAUCAACCUGAGUGACUCCAUCACGCUGAGUGUGCGCGCCUCAGCAAGCAAGGAGGGUGCCCGUGGCGAGCGCGGCGGCCCGGAGGCGGGUGCUGUGGCCAACCUGCUGGCCUCGCGGGGCAUCACUGUGACGCCUGCGGCUGGGGAGCGGCAAGAUGGCAGUGGCGGAAGGGAUGACCGGCGGUUGCCAACAGCGCAGGAGUUGAACCUGUCCUCGGCAAUCUCUGUGCACCCACCCACCCAGCGGGAACGUGAGGGUGGCGGGCGAGAGCGGGACAGAGAUGGCUUCGCGGUGCCCCAGGCCCCCCCCACACGAGCUAACGCAUCCAACAGCAGUGUGGAGCGGCCUCCCCGCCCCCCUACCGUGGACUUAACGCAGGACGUGCCUGCCUCGGGGGCCCAGGGCACGCGGCACAAGUGCCACCAGUGUGACCGCAGUUUCCCCACGGCCAGCCUGCUAGCGGACCACAGUCGCGUGCACCAGCAGCAGCAGCAGGCCAGGAUGCCCUUCAAGUGCCACCUGUGCACGGCAGGCUUCUCCACACAGAAGGGCCAGCAGCACCACUACCAGCAGUUCCACCAGCUGCACCUCUCCGCCGGGGAUGUGGCCAUCCCACUGGUGGACCUGCGCAGCCCCGUCAACGUGCAGCGCAUGGCGGCCCUGGGCAUCCGCUCCUUCCUGCCUCUCACCAACCUGCAGAACAGGGGUGCAGGAGGCGUGGUGGGCGUGCCCAUCCUCACCCUGGAGAACCUGCGCAAUGGCCACAUGACACUGCAGCAGUGGGGAGUCAGUGACGUGCUGUCCCUCGGCCCCGCCAAGACCCUCAACAUGCCCAGCAUGGAUCUGGAUCAUAGUGGCAGCAGUGAUGGUGCACAGCAUAAGGAGUAAUGUUGGAUAAGGACAGCACAAUGAGAGAAGUCCAUAGUGCUGUAAGAAGCUGUGUGGCUGUUUUUAGUCCCUCGUUGCACACCUUUGUCCAGGCUGUGGCAGAACCAAACUGAACACAUGCAUGAAUACUUUCCCAAUGUUAAUUAAGGGUUUACACAGUUUUUCACAGUUACCUUCUACCACAAGCUCGACACGGCAUGCAUGAGGGCUACUAACAAGGCACCUGAAAAGCUGGUUAGUAAUGCACGAAGGCAGCAGGCAUGUAGGGGAAUUUUGUGGCUCUGUACGCAGCAUUCCAACAAGUACUAUCUCAGGAAAACUAAGUGGAAAGUAGAGGUGAGGCGUUAAAAUAUGUUUGUCAAAUGUAAAGAUUGAUCAGCGUGUUGCUCAAGGUUUCAUUUUUGUAUCAACUAAAUUUUCUAGGUUAGGUCAAUCCUUGAUACAAGCACUAAUGGGAAUAAUGUGCACAAAGUGGAGGAAAAGGGUUAAUGAUACAAAUAGUUUGUGUACAUGUCCUUAGAAAGUUAGAAGUUUAACAAACUUUAACCAUAAAUUGACAACAGAAACCAUGUCUCGUAUUUAGUGUGCUGCAUGUUUGGCAUUAAAAAUUUGGUAUCCAUUAAAAAUUAGAGACUAGCAAAUCCCACUUACACUAUACAUGCUAAAAAAAUAAAAAAAAGUUAUUUAAAAUUUUUCCCAUUACUUAGGAAAUAAAGAUUGGAUUUCAACAAGAGCUUCAAAAUGCAUUUGCAAGACAAAUGAGUAAAGCUUAAAAAUAUAAUUAAAUGUCAAAAGACCUUUUAAACCUAAAGCUUCAGGUUGCAUUAGUGAGAUUAUUUAAAAAAUAAUGCAAAUGUAAUUAUAAAAAAUAAUCAUUCCUGAUAUCAGAGCUCCUCAGGAUAUGGAAGCAAGGCUGGGCAAGUGGUGCUGGUGGUGUUUGCCCAAGGGUGAUGACAGGAACAGGAGGGCCAGCAGCAGCCACAGACACUGGAGCUGUGGCGCCUGGACUCACUCCUUCACCCUAUGGCAUCGUCCCUUGCCUGGAACAAGCAAAGUGUUUAAGACUUGCCUGGUAAAUAACAUACCUUUGUGUGCAAACAUGUUCAUGUGUACUGUGAUGUACAAGUAAAAGUACCUCUUGUU